AUGACAGACAAGAUCCCCAGCCCCCUGCGGCAGGACAUGCCCCACAGCUCCAUGAGGUCGCGGUUUUUCCGCAAGCUGUUUGCCUCGUCGGCCUCCAAGCUGGCCAAAAACACCUCUGCAAAUGGCUCCAGCCACGGGUUCCAUAUUCGCCGAGUGCGACGAUCCACGUCUGAAGACUCCAUCAUGCCGAGACUGGGCCACCUUGGCGACAAGUCGCUGACCGGCGUGAGUCGGCACGUGAGCCGAGAAAUGGAGGCCGCCGACAAAAAGCGCAUCUCGCUGAUUGGCAACGAAUCUGUGUCGCACCUGCAGUCUCUCGCCAAAGAGUCGCCCGCUUGUACCAACACCAACACUACCGCUACCAACACUACCGACUCUGACACUAACCAUGGCGCUGCCAAUGUCGCCGUGAACCACGCCAACCGCAACUACGCCCCUCAACCCAGACACAUCUACGACUUGUCUACUGUGGCCGAUUCCUCCGAUGCCAACUUCUCAAGUGCCAGCAGGUUCUCCAACGACUUUGUCGACCACUCGCAGAAAUCCCAGAUCAUGACGGAGGAGGAUGCCCGGCUGUUCUUUGAGUCACGACGAGAACAGCGCUUCUCACUCAUAGACACACGUGACCUCGAGGAUCAGUCGUGGGCUGUAAACGCAGACGACAACGACGACGAGUUCAAAAUACUGCUUGUCAAGAACCACACGCUCGAAACUCGAUUAGACUCUCUUGAACAGGACCUUGGUCAACCCAAUCCCUCCAACCAGCUCAACAGAAAGAUGACUCUCUCUCCUUCCUGUCCUCUGUUGAAUGUCGAUGGAAAGAUUGACCAGCCCUGGGCCACCAAAGAGCAGCUCGAGCAGAUGGCCAAAGCGUUUCCGGAUACCAAUCGACCUGGUGGGGUACCUAAGGUCGACCUUGUCACCCACCCUCGAGGCGACGAUCAUGACAGGGGGUACAGUCUUGGAAAUGCCGCCGCAGCCACCGAAGAGACAUGUCACGAUCCUUAUUCCAACAUUCAGGCAUUAAAUUAUGGGACUACAGCUCCCUUAUCAUACGCGGCUGCUGUCAACAACCUUGUCGAAGCUACUGCCCCCCACACUUAUGUCAACCCUGUUGCGGCCUCCUCUGAAACUGCUGCCCUAUUGUUUCAGUGGGAUCAGCAGUGGGUUGGUUCUUACGCGUCCGGAAGCCCCGAGUUUUGCAUGGGCCUAGCACCUCCGGAUACCAUCUUUGGCUCAACCCGUCCUCCUCCUUCCGAUAUCUAUGGUACAUCACGUCCUGUCGCUGCUAUUACUCCAUCUGCGGAUAGCACUGGUUCUGCUGUUGGUGCAAUUACUACAGAGACUCCUGUUGCUGAUGCACCCACUGCAUCUACUACAGCACCAGCUCCUGCCACCAUUGCAUCUACCGCUACUCCUGCUAUCACUCUUCUUGCGGCCACUUCUCCUGUUGUCGCAGCUGCGACGAACGCAGCCCCUUCUACCACCAAUGCCGACACAACAGAAGGUAGAUCUCAACGAUGGAUCUCUGGUCAUCAUGGAGACCUUGUGCCACAGGCGUGCUCGUCCACUUUGUCUACAAACCCCGCUGGCAAUCUGAGCACUGGGCGAGUCUCUGGGCCCAUCCCAGUCACUCCAACCAACAAGAAGAUGCCUGCAGUCCCCAGAGUUCCCCGAAAGCCCGUCUCAAGUGUUAAGACCGGCUCUCCUGGGACUCCCUCGGCAGCAGCUGGCUCCUCGGGCUCCUCGGGCUCCUCGGGCUCCUCAGGCUCUCCUGGUGCCCCAGUACCGUCCAGAAGUCAGUCCCGGGUAGUCAGUGGCUCGUCAGAUCAGACCUGUGUGGACCUCUCUGAACAGGUGGUCGAUUCGGCCGACUCAAAGAGGAACAAAGACAAGGAGGUCAUUACCGGUGACAAGGACAGAUUUUCUAACGACAAAGAGCGGCUCAUGAAAUUGAAGAUGAAGUCAUUUUCUGGUAGCAUGUUUGAGUGCGACGCCCGGGACUUUGUGCGACAGUUUGAGUGGAUGGUUGACCGGUAUGUUGGUAAGAAUUUGGCGGACAUUGAUUUCAACUUGCUUUACACCUACUUCAGACUGCUUCUGGUUGACUGUCCGCUUCCUCGGUCUUCAAAGCUGGGCUCCUGGACAGCCCUUCGUGAGUGGUUCAUUGGGGAGUACUCUGUGUUUGCUACUGAAUACAUGCACAGAAUGUACUACAUGGGUCAAAUCAGUAAGCAGCAUAUCAAGAACGGAGACAUUUUUGGUUACCUGAACCAAAUUCUGAAGCUCACCGCUAGAACGGUGGAUUUCACGGCUGAAGACAAGCGACACAUCUGUGAUACCCUCCGACACCAUGUCCCCAAGGAGUUCCACCAUCUUAUUAUCCACAGGGAAGACAUUACCUCCACUGUGGAGUGUCUGAAUACUGGUUUGAAGAGGGCUAAUGUGGUGCGAGUUAUCUCUCGUAUUUCCGCUUUCCUCAGACCUUUGGAAUCGGACCUGUUCACGUUUGAGAACCCAUCUCUCGAGUAUGGGUAUGACAGCGACAACUCGGAGGCCCCUUCCAUCCGGCGGAAGGAGUCACGGGCUACAUUGUACGGCUCACGGGCGGUGGCGAAUUCGCAGCACCAUCGUCUCAAGGUGAAUGGCGACUUGACCAUCCGCAUUUCCAUGGCCAACAAGACGCAGGGCUCGAGACCAACACUUGAGUCUGGACUUUAG